CUUUUCCUGGUGUCCAGCUCAACCGUGCACAGCUUCCAGCUUGCCCAGCACCGCCGUGUGGUUUGGCCGCUUCCGACUUUACGCAGGCUCAGGGAUCUGUCACUUUGACUGACAUUGUCAACUUGACCAUCAAGCUUCUUUCGAGUAUGCAUUCAAUUCAAGGGCCCACCGCGUCUUCCGCCGGUCUGAUGUACACCAGAAUACCUGUGGGCUGUGGGUUCUGCGUUCGAUGAGCUGCAUAAUCAAACAAACGAGAAAAUGCUGCAAUUCUAUGUCGUCUGGGUGCUUUUAUAGAUAUGUUUCUCUGUCAUCACAUUCCGGGAAACCGGCGCCUAUCAGCACUCCAAAUGACUUGCCAAAUGAUUCUUUUAAUAUAGCAAGCGAACCUAAUAUGUUCAUAUGGUGCCGUGAGGUGCACAGGGGCGUGCAUGGGGGUCCUUAUAGCAACCAUGAAUUUUCAUGCUCCUGGCGAUCUUGACUCUCCUGCCUUUCUUCCUCGGGAUGGAAGUUCGGGAGUUGAUGACGGAUGGACACUUUUCCCCGGCAGCAUGCAUCCUUACAACCUGGCCUCUGGUGGCUAUGUGAGCUCCACCGCCUACGAGGACUUGUCGCAUCCGCGGGGUAUACACCAGUCGCUCCCCGUCCCGACACCUGCGCUGUCUCCAGACACACUCCACUACCCGCUCACAUCGCCAGAGUCGGUGGUCUCCCACUCUACGUCUCAUGUCUCCCCUGUCACGACAACCGAUGCAUAUGCAGCCCAAACGCUCGCUUCUUUGCCUGACGCAGACUUUGCGCUCAGCUUCGCCUUCGCUUACGUCGAUGACGAGUCAACGACGGUCGUGAACACCACCGAGGGUUUUCAUCACGAAGCUGGCUCUCCCCAGUCUCCCGGGCACAUCGUGUCUUCUCGCGUCGAAGUCUCCGACGUUGGCGAGCGAGACCAAACUUCUGUAAUAACCACUGGCCAACCCAAUCAUGGUAUCGGUCAAUACGCGCAUCAGCUCGUCAUGCCAACAUUGCCUAUCCCUCCUUCCCUCUCUCGACGUCCGCCUCCUCCAGAACAGAUACAUCUUGUUUCAUUGCCAGCGCAGCACGAGCCCAUUCCUCCUCAACAGUUUCCAUUGUUGGUUGGUCCACUGUCGCAAAACCCCUCCGACCAAGUCCAGCACCGACUUGUCGCUGGUGGAGACCCUGACGCGGUCAAUCACGUUCAUCACACAUUGC